GACUAAAGGAUUAAUCAAGCGUCGUUCUGCUGAUCCUUCUGUCCGUUGAUCUGCAGCAGAAUGACCUCUCUUCGAAUCUUGAAUGCCUUGAAGCCGAUGAUGGCGUUGCUUGCAGCAGUGCUGCUUCUGCAAGCAGCUCCAUCACGGUCCGGAAAGACGGAGGGCGUGUUGGCCGAGUUGAAACACCUCGAUCAUCAUGAAGACUCCCCUCUCCACAAAGCAGAUGCGACCUUCGCGGAGCGGCUACACAACGCUGUGAAGAGAAGCAACGCUCGAAUUGCGGGGUUCCAAAACAUCAUAGCACGUGGAGUUUCACCCAGAGGAGCGGACUUCGAUCCCACCAGCGAGGAAUUGAGCAGAGGCAGCAGUUUCGAGUCUCCUGUUUCCUCGUCCCCGGGAAGCUAUUUCAUGACCAUUUCACUGGGAUCCCCACCUCAGACGAAGACUGUGAUCGUCGACACAGGAAGCGACCUCGUGUGGCUCCAGUGCGCCCCGUGCACUCAGUGCUUCCAACAAUCGAAUCCCGUCUUCGACCCGAAGAGCUCAUCGUCUUACAAAAGGAUCAGAUUCUACAGCAGCUGGUGCUCCGAGCUUCCGCUCAGAUACUACGACGGCGGAUUCUGCACGUACCGCUACGGCUACGGAGACGGAUCGACCACGGAGGGCGACCUCGCUACUGACACCCUGAUCCUGACCACGACCGAGGGAUCCAAGCACGCAGUUCCCGAGUUCACCUUCGGCUGCGGGGACAAAAACCGGGGGACAUUCGCCGGCGCUGACGGACUGGUGGGCUUGGGCCGAGGAGCCCUUUCCUUCAACGAGCAAAUCCGGCCGCUGAUCGGCUCGCAGUUCUCGUAUUGCCUCGUCGAGCUUUCGGCACCGGCGACGAGCGUACUGCUUCUCGGGGGCGCGUCGACCACCGUCGGGAACGGACUGAACGUGAAGUUCACGCCGCUGAUGCGCAACCCGGUAGCUGACACAUUCUACUACGUCAAGCUCAACGGCGUCAAAGUCAACAACCAGGUCGUGGGCGGGAUCCCCGCGGGCGCGUUCACCCUGAAGCGCUCGGGGUCCGGCGGCGUGAUAUUGGAUUCGGGCACGACGCUCACUUAUCUCAUUCGGUCGGCCUACGAUCCAAUUUUGCUGCGGCUGCGAUCUCUGAUCCAGUACCCCGUGCUGGACUCGUCGCACCUCGGCUUGGAUCUGUGCUAUGAUUUGUCGGGCAUGUCUCGGCCGGUGUUUCCUUCGGUGACCCUCGAGUUCCAGGGCGUGGAUCUCGUUCUUCCGGCCGACAACUUGUUUGUGCGAGUCGACGAUCAGGGCACGACGUGCCUGGCCCUCGCAGGCACCACGGAUCUCAGCAUCAUCGGCAACAUUCAGCAGCAAAAUCAUUACUUCCUGUACGAUGUUGAGAACGAGAGAGUGGGGAUUGCGGCUGUCGGGUCUUGCGCGAAGCUCGCGUCGAAGUCCAUCACCCAUCCUGCUGGUAAGAACGAUCGAGAGGAAUUCUGGGAGGAGCUUUGAAAUCACGCCAUGGAUGGAUUACGC